AUGGCAGUCCAUCCGCGUCCGUUGCGAGCGGUCAGGUUCGGUGUGGCCCUUCUGGCCUUUGCCGCGCUCAAGCUGUCCUUCGUGGGUGUCGUGAGCCCACGAAGAUCUGUGACGCCUGUAGUCCGUCGAGGAGAAGGUUUCGACGCUGCCACCGCAACACCCAAGGUGAAGUCGACUAUCAGCCGGGAGCAGUUGGAGCGG